AAUUACUUACUACAAACGUCAUAAGUCACAACAUUAAAUUGAAAAUUUUGAUAAACAGAAAAUUUAACUUGAUUAAUAAAUGAUCUAGUUUUUUAUUUAGCAAAUAACUAUGUUGCUAAAAUACAAACGCAGUCGUAAAGAAUAAACUAUAGUUUAACUUAUUUCCAAUUAGAAUCUAAUUAGACAACGUUGGAAUUCAAAAACAUUUUUACAUAUUAUUGCAAGAAAUAAUACUAAAAUGGGAAUGUGUUCACAUUUGUAAAUGCAAACAUUACACACUCAGCAUGCCGACCUUCUUAACACCAGGCCGGCACGGCUAUAGUGUCCGUUUCUCAAGAACAAGACCUGAUGCUUUAGCUGUAGCAACUAGCCAGUAUUAUGGGUUAGCUGGUGGAGGAACAUUAUUUUUCCUCGAGAUUUCACCAGAUGGUUCCACAAUAGUUGAAGUACAAAAACUAGAGUGGACUGAUGGAUUAUUUGAUGUUACGUGGUCGGGUACGUCAGACGGUGUCGCGGCUUGCGGUUCAGGCGAUGGCACGAUUAUCGUAUGGCGCGUGGGGUGCGCCGCGCCCCUGCGAGUGUUGCGCGCGCAUCAUAGUGAAGUCUGUUCUGUUGAUUGGAUGCGAGCGCAUUUGCUAAGCGCCAGUUGGGAUACUACGGUCAAAUUGUGGGACCCCGAAUCGGAAACAUGUCUCAAUACAUUCGCGGGUCAUUCCCAACUGGUUUACACGGCAGCUUUCUCCCCUCAUUCACCAGCGACUUUUGCGUCGGUGUCGGGUGAUGGUCACCUCAAAUUGUGGUCUUGUACGGAAUCAUCCCGGCCUGCGGCGGUCGUCAAAGCCCACGAUGCUGAGGUGUUGUCCUGUGACUGGAGUAAGUCGGAAAGCCACGUGGUAGCAACGGCUGGUUCGGACGGUCUCAUUCGUGGCUGGGACCUUCGGAGACUGACUGCGCCUAUGUUCACUCUUAAAGGUUGUGAAUGUGCGGUUAGGAGGGUUCAGUUUUCGUCGCAUGCGCCGUCGAUAGUAGCGGCUGUGUCAUACGAUUUUACUACAAGAAUAUGGGACUUAAAACGUGGCUGUGAUCCAUUAGAAACGAUAAGACACCAUUCGGAAUUCACAUACGGCCUGGACUGGAAUACGUUGAGGCCGCACCAGAUCGCCGAUUGUGGGUGGGACUCUUUGGUUCACGUUUUCACACCGAGAUCGCUCGUCUGAAGAGCCAGAGAUGUGUAUCUGGCUGUUGUGAAUAUAGGCUGUGGUUAAAUGUGUAUGAAAGUGACAUAAUCGCUAUUGAUAACUGUCAGAUAUUAGUGUGUUGUAAAAACCUUGAUCGGGAUUACUAAUUAUAUAAACGUGUUCAUGGUUCUUAAAGAAAAGUUGAUAAGCUAAGUAAUGAUUUUGCAUCCGAUUUUAAUAUUCUUACGUAACUAUGUCAUUUUAUAUAAAGUGCCUACUCCAGCCAUUUAGAUUAGAGUUCGCAGUGCUAAUUUAAUUUUUUAUGUUGACAACACUGUUAUAAUAUUAUAGUUCGACAUAUUGAUACUUAAUAUUAAAACCAUAUUAAUAGAAUAUAUUAACUAAUUGUUGAGUAAUUGAUUUUUGUUUUAAGUAACACGGCUGUCAUGUUGACUACUAAUAACAUGAUUUAUAUACAACGGUUUUGGAGGGAAAUUUCAAAAUGUCAAAUAGACAAAUGACAUGACCUGUCAUUUUAGAUUUUUCUAGGCACAGAUAUUGUAAAUUUACCUAAACAAUUUUACUAUCGAAUGUUACAUGUUAAAAUGUUUUUUUUUAAAUUCCCUACAAGUGUGAUAGUUAUAGAAAAUGGUAUCCUAAUCGUUUUUUUGUUUAGACUAAACUAUUACUCUCUUUUAAGAUAUGCGUUAUUUAAGAAUUCAAGAAAGUGCAAGUUUAUAAGUUCCUUUAUAUGGAAAAUAAUAUUUCCUUUAAGAGCAUACGAAUUUUAAAAACCCAACAACGCACUCGCGGGAGUAAGAGCGGUAUGGGCGGUAUCACUUAACAUCAGGUGAGCUUCCUGCCCGUUUGCCCUAUAAAAUAUAUGCGUAAAGCUCCGUUUCGCUGAAUUAUUUUAUUGAUUAUAUUUUCAAGAUUUUGCUUGUAUUAAUUAUACUAUGUUUAUUUGCUCAGCGCAGGAAUUGUAUAUAAUCGUAUUGUUAUGUAUAUAAUGUGAAUACUUUAAACAUAAGUGUACUGUAUAUUGUGUUAAGAAAUAUAUUGUUUUGUUAAUUCUCCAAAUAUUAAAUAAAAUAUUAUACUAG